UAAUAUGAUGUGUACGAUGGAUGAGCGUUCUUCGUGAUUAAUGGAAUUGACGAUGGGAUCGUUGGAUGGUUUCGAGGAUGGAUGAGUGUUCGAGGGUUGUAGUAGCAGUAGUAGUGUCGUCGAUGGUAGGUUUUAGAAGAAGUGAUAAAUAUUCGUGGAAAAGUGGUGGCGAGUGCGGUUGCUGCUGCAGUGGACGUGGGGCGGCGAGGGCGCAUUGAAAGACCGUCGUAUGGCGUCGAAUAUAUCAGUGGUGCUGAACGAAACGAACGGUACAACGGAGCCCGCCAUCUAUGCGCCGUUCGUGAACUUCGGUCAUAUCCAGACGAUCCUCGUCUCGGUGAUACUGGUGAUCGUGAUUGUCGGUACGAUCGUCGGGAACAUCUUGGUGUGCGUUGCCGUCUGUCUGGUGAGGAAGCUGAGGCGGCCGUGCAAUUACCUGUUAGUCAGUCUGGCCGUGAGCGAUCUGUGCGUGGCGAUUCUCGUUAUGCCGAUGGCUAUGGUCAAUGAGAUCUAUCAAGCGUGGAUCUUCGGCGAAAUCGUCUGCAACCUGUGGGUCAGCUUCGAUGUCCUCAGCUGCACUGCAUCCAUACUCAACCUUUGCAUGAUCAGCGUCGACAGAUAUUUCGCAAUCACAAAACCAUUGGAGUACGGCGUUAAGCGGACACCGAAACGCAUGAUAGUUUGCGUGUUCUUGGUGUGGUUCGGGGCUGCGUGCAUCUCGUUGCCGCCUUUACUGAUUCUCGGCAACGAGCACUACAUCAUCGACGACGAUGGACAGGUGAAGGCUGCUUGCAUCGUCUGUCAACUGUUCGGCUACCAACUGUACGCCACCUUGUGCAGCUUCUACAUACCGCUGACAGUGAUGAUGGUUGUCUACUAUAAGAUCUUCCGUGCCGCCCGGAAAAUAGUCCUAGACGAGAAACGAGCGCAGAGCCAUCUGGAGGCGCCCUGCUACCUAGAGAUAAGCGUCAAGAACGGCGACGGUCCACCCGAAAACAAAAUCGCCGGUCAGACG